UGCUUAUGCCAAGAAAUUAAGAUGCGAAGGCAGUUCUCCUGGAAAUAUGCUUCGAGAGCCUGUCGUAUUGAUCUGUACGUUUUCAGGUAACUGGAACUCAGAGCGGGCCGUGCGCCAUGAACUCCAGCACCCUUUCGUGGCCCGAUUCGUGCGUCUCAUCCCGCUGGACUGGAGUGAGGAGGGGAGAAUUGGGCUGAGAGUGGAGCUCUAUGGCUGCGCUUACUGGGCGGAUGUGAUCAGCUUUGACGGCCAGGGAGUGAUUUCCUAUCGAUUUAGACAGAAAAAGAUGAAGAUCUUGAAGGACGCGAUUUCACUGAAGUUUAAGACUACUAAAGGAGACGGCGUUCUGCUGCACGGAGAGGGACAGCAGGGUGAUUAUAUCACUCUAGAGCUGCAGCGAGCCAAACUCCUGCUGCAGAUCAACCUGG